GACAAUAUGGCGGACAAAAAGAAAAUUCCAAAUGCCGAGGAUAAAGUGGCUCAAAAUAUACUUACAAGAGGAACUCUUGCGUCAAGAAUGAUAAAUCCUGAGCUCUUUAUCCGUCCAAAUAAAGUCGUGAUGGGUGUUGGUUUAAUAAUGCUGACCGGUUGCGUUAUAUGCCUGGCAUACAUGAAUUCUGAUCAGAAACCAGUCCAUGUUCAAACAAAGCCGGUCAAAAGUGAAUCAAGAAAAAGAUCAAAAUGGGACUAAGUCGCCAGCAAUGUCUUGUUCCAUAAUACUGUAAAUGUUACAACUAUUGUUGCUAUAGCUAAAUGUAAUAUAAAUAUGAGAUUAAUAAAAUUGUAUAU